UAGAAUGGACUGGUUGGAUCUCCUUGCUGUCCAAGGGACUCUCAAGAGUCUUCUCCAACACCACAGUUCAAAAGCAUCAAUUCUUUGGUGCUCAGCUUUCUUUAUAGUCCAACUCUCACAUCCACUUGAAAGACCUUGAAGAUUUUUUCAAGAUCUUUCUGUGUUGUUGGGUGUUGUCAUUAUAGACAUGCCUGAACCGGCUAAGUCUGCUCCUGCCCCUAAAAAGGGCUCUAAAAAAGCUGUGACCAAGGCCCAGAAGAAGGAUGGCAAGAAGCGCAAGCGCAGCCGCAAGGAGAGCUGCUCCGUGUACGUGUACAAGGUGCUGAAGCAAGUCCAUCUGGACACCGGCAUCUCGUCCAAGGCCAUGGGAAUCAUGAACUCCUUCGUCAACGACAUUUUCGAGCGCAUCGCUGGCGGGGCAUCGCGCCUGGCGCAUUACAACAAGCGCUCGACUAUCACAUCCAAGGAGAUCCAGACCGCCGUGCGCUUGCUGCUGCCUGGGGAGCUGGCCAAGCACACCGUGUCUGAGGGCACUAAGGCUGUCACCAAGUAUACCAGCUCCAAGUAAAUGUAAUAUGCCUAGCCGCUGUUAACGGAGAAGACAGUGGCACCCCACUCCAGUA